CUUCUAAUAUAUGAGAUGGUGAUAGUCACCUCCUUUUAUCUGCUGUUGUACUUAGAUGUUUGUCUUAAAAAAACACGUGUUUACAGACAUCAACUAACAGAUGGGGUGUGGGUUGUGUUUCACCAGCUGGACAAUCCAGAUGAGCAGGCGGCUCAGAUCAGGAGAGAGCUGGAUGGACGGCUGCAGAUGGCGGAUCAGAUCACCCGGCUUGGUGGGAGGUUUCCCAAGUUUGUCUCCAAAGAAAUGGAGGCCAUGUACAUUGAGGAGCUUCGCUCUUCCGUCAACCUGCUGAUGGCAAACUUGGAGAGCAUGCCCGUGUCUAAAGGAGGAGAGUUCAAGCUGCAGAAGCUAAAGCGGGGCCACAACACCUCCAUUAUGGACAUGGGCCAGGAGGAUGAGAACAUGCUGUCCAAGUCUGAUGUUGUCCUGUCCUUCACCCUAGAGGUGGUAAUAUUGGAGGUACAGGGUCUGAGGUCCUUGGCUCCAAACAGAAUAGUUUACUGCACAAUGGAGGUGGAAGGAGGUCACAAACUUCAGACCGACCAAGCUGAAGCCUCCAAACCAAUGUGGGGGACCCAGGGAGACUUCACCACCACCCAAACAUUGCCUGCAGUUAAGGUGAAGUUGUUCACUGAGAGCACAGGUGUGUUGGCUCUGGAGGACAAGGAGCUCGGAAGGGUUGUACUUCACCCAACCCCCAACAGUCCAAAGCAGUGUGAGCUCCAUAAGAUGACCGUUUCUAAAGGCUGCUCAGAUGACCUGAAAAUCAAACUGGCCAUUCGCAUGGACAAGCCACAGAACAUGAAGCAUUGUGGGUACCUUUGGGCUAUUGGAAAAAAUGUGUGGAAAAGAUGGAAGAAGAGGUUCUUUGUGUUGGUUCAGGUGAGCCAGUACACCUUUGCCAUGUGCAGCUACAGAGAAAAGAAGGCUGAGCCUGUGGAGCUUCUUCAGUUGGAUGGCUACACUGUGGACUACACUGACCCUCAGCCAGGUUUGGAUGGCGGGAGGACUUUCUUCAAUGCUGUCAAAGAAGGAGACACCGUGAUCUUUGCCAGUGAUGAUGAACAGGACCGAAUCCUGUGGGUCCAGGCCAUGUACAGGGCCACUGGUCAGUCACACAAGCCAGUGCCUCCCACCCAGGUCCAAAAGCUCAACUCCAGAGGGAGCACCGCCCCACAGCUGGAUGCACCCAUAUCCCAGUUCUGUAAGUGUUCAGGCCUCAGGCCUGCUGUUGGUGAGACCAGUCGUAUCGGUUUCAACGGUUCUAAAUAUGAAAACCUGAAGGGUACCUUCAUGUUUUGGAUCAUCUAAAACAAUCUGAGAACUGACAUUUUCUCAUGAGGGUCAUGUCCCCGUCUCCUUUUGUAGUCUUCCUAUCAUGCUUGAUGAUGAUUCUACCAGCCUGGGUGUUCUCACCCUGUGCACUGUUAUUCUUGGUGUGCUGCCUUUGUCCCAUGCCUUUGGCUUUGCUGUGUGUCUUUAUGUUUCUCUGUUCCUCCUUUUUUCUUUCUCUGUGUAAACUUUGACCCUACUCUGCUGUAGCUGGAUUAAAGGGUAAGUGCUCUGCUCACCUCUCUUUUUCCCAUUAGUCUACCACUCCCUCUGUGUGAAAUUUGUGUUUGACAAACAACUAAAUUACUAAGAAAACAUGAUAAAUAAAUGAUAUGACCUGCACAGCUGCCCUGGGGCACGCUGACAGAGCGGGGCCCGCUGGGCGCUGGCGUCGCCGGCCCCUCCGGCCACCACCAGCAGGGAGGGUGGGUUAAGGGUCUUGUCCAAGGACACCACAGCAGAGUUCUCUGUUCAGAGCUGGGAUCAAACUUGCAACCUUCUGAUUACUGGACAACCCCCUCUGCCUCUUGGCCCCCCCCCCCCCCCCCAAGGAAUGUACUGGACUCAAGUGAUUACAGGCACAACAGCUCUUUAAGAGCUACUUCACACCUCAGACAUCUGACCUGCAGGCCGUGGUUGCAUCUCAUCACCGGUGAACCUGAACUCAAAGGGAGCUACUACUCUUUGAGACUCGUGAUCUCAACAUCCGAUGAAUCACCACUCAGGCCGCCCCUCCUCCGGACCACCGGGAGCGACUUAUACCAAAGGCUAUUGUAGGCUGCACACUGGCGUCGGAUGGUUUUACAAACAGAUCUGUCGUGUAACAAACAAAUAGCCAAAUUUAUUUUACAACCCAGACUCCACAAAAUCUCUCAGAGGCUUAAGAAAGGUUCUACUAAACCAUCUAGCUUCCUUUUAUCCAUCACAUGAACUCACUUCAUAGCCAUCAUCAUUCAUAUCUUGUCUUGUAUAAUUAUUAGUUUAGGGAAAAAAU